CAGAGAAGCUGAGCUUCCUAUGGGUACGACACUGCACGCCCAAGUCUGCGUUGGACUGACACUAGAUAAUAUGUGGGAUUAUCCUAGUUGCAGGAGAUAUUAUUGGCGUUUCUGUAGUUUAGUGCUUACUUCACUUAGCUCUGCAGUGGUGCAAUCCUCUCCUUGUUUUUAUUUUUUCUCUUUGGAAAAAUUGCAAAACAGUAUUUAACAGAAAUGGAUACAGUAACAGCAGCAUAGUUAAAAGAUUCAGGGAGGCAUCUUCCCUCAUUUCCUGGGAUAUAAAAGAUUUAGUAGGGCAUGUGCCCUACUGGAAGAGGCGAGCUUUUAAAGACCCCGGCAGCGUCCUGGUGCGAGGUGUCUCAAAGCAGGUGGCCAGAUCUGCAGUUCUCAUCAGUGGUCUCUCUCUACGGCUGUGGCUACUACGGGCGUGAAAAAACAAGGAACGGAACUGUCUGUUUGCACGGCCACCACAGGAAUUGAUGCGCAUUCACGCGGUGGGUCAUUAUGCUGCUGCACCUGUGUAGUGUAAAGAAUCUGUACCAGAACAGGUUUCUAGGCCUGGCUGCCAUGGCGUCUCCAUCUAGAAACUCUCAGAACCGACGGCGGUGCAAAGAGCCCCUGCGCCACAGCUACAACCCCAGCCAGUUUCACAGCAUGGCCAUCAGGACCGGCCCCCAUGGCACUGUCACCAUCCCUCGCUCUACCAGUGACACUGACCUAGUCACCUCAGACAGCCGCUCCACUCUCAUGGUCAGCAGCUCCUACUAUUCCAUAGGGCACUCACAGGAUCUGGUGAUCCACUGGGAUAUAAAGGAGGAAGUAGAUGCUGGAGAUUGGAUCGGAAUGUAUCUCAUUGAUGAAGUCUUGUCAGAAAACUUUUUGGACUAUAAGAACCGUGGAGUCAAUGGUUCUCAUCGAGGCCAGAUAAUAUGGAAGAUUGAUGCCAGCUCUUACUUUGUGGAACCUGAAACUAAGAUCUGCUUCAAAUACUACCAUGGAGUAAGUGGAGCCCUACGAGCUACCACCCCCAGUGUCACAGUCAAAAAUUCGGCAGCUCCUAUUUUUAAGAACAUGGGCUCUGAUGACACAGUACAAGCACAAGGAAGUCGGAGGUUGAUCAGCUUUUCUCUCUCAGAUUUCCAGGCCAUGGGAUUGAAGAAAGGAAUGUUUUUCAAUCCAGACCCUUACUUGAAGAUUUCCAUUCAACCUGGGAAACACAGCAUAUUCCCUGCACUACCCCACCACGGACAAGAGAGGAGAUCCAAGAUCAUAGGCAACACUGUGAACCCCAUCUGGCAGGCUGAGCAAUUCAGCUUUGUUUCUUUACCCACUGAUGUGCUGGAAAUUGAGGUGAAGGACAAGUUUGCUAAGAGCCGCCCCAUCAUCAAGCGCUUCUUGGGAAAGUUAUCGAUGCCUGUUCAGAGACUACUGGAGAGACACGCCAUAGGGGAUAGAGUGGUCAGCUACACAUUGGGCCGCAGACUUCCAACAGAUCAUGUGAGUGGACAGCUGCAAUUCCGAUUUGAGAUUACUUCCUCCAUCCACCCAGAUGAUGAAGAGAUUUCCCUCAGUACUGAACCCGAGUCAGUGGAAAUUCAGGAAACCCCCAUGAACAACCAGAUGACAAACAGCAAUGGAGAGCCUUUGUACCAAGCACCAGAGCCCUCAGAGAGCCUGAAAGUGGAGCAGCCCAGUGAGGGCAGCAUCAUGGACACUGAAAACAAUGAGAGCCUAGGACUAGCCAACCCUGUUGAGGAAGCAGCAAAUAGCACUCAAGCAGGAGAUAGCAACUUGGUCUCUGUGGGUCCUGAUUGGACGGGGGAGCUUUUGGCCUUGGGUAGUGAGGAUACUCAGCUUGUACUGAAUGAAGAACUGGCCGAGAGGCCAGACCUGUGUGGGGUGGAGGCUCCACCCGGGCUACUGGAGGAUGAUGAAGGUCCAUGUAGUCCUGAGGAGCCUGUAGCAGAGGAAGCUGUGACAGAGAGCCAGGCUGAGGGGACAGAAGAGAAGGAGCCUGCAGAGGAGGAGGAGGGGGAUGUGUCUGCCUUACGGCAGGGAGAGAACAGUCUGCAAUUGCGGGGCUCCAUGAAGCGAAAAAGUAGACCAUGCUCCUUGCCCGUAUCUGAGCUGGAGACAGUAAUUGCAUCGGCUUGUGGUGACCCUGAAACACCGCGGACACACUACAUCCGCAUCCACACCCUGCUACACAGCUUGCCCACAGCCCACAAUGCAAGCGCAGAGGAUGAUGGGGCGGAGGAGGAGUCCACCCUCAAGGACACCUCGGAGAAGGAUGGGCUCAGCGAGGUGGACACUGUGGCUGCUGAGCCACCUCCUUUGGAGGAGGAUGGAGAGGAACCCGAGGGGGCAACUCCAGGAAGGGCGCCUCCUGGCCAUUCAGGCUUGGCCAAUGGACUGAUUCUGGAUGGUAACGCACACCCCAGCACCGGGAGUGAGAGCGACUCCAGCCCAAGGCAAGGUGGGGAUCAUAGCUGCGAGGGCUGCGAUGCAUCGUGCUGCAGCCCCUCCUGCUACAGCUCCUCGUGUUACAGCACGUCCUGCUACAGUAGCUCCUGCUACAGCGCCUCCUGCUAUAGCCCCUCCUGUUACAAUGGCAGCAGGUUCGCCAGCCACACCCGCUUUUCCUCGGUGGACAGCGCUAAGAUCUCCGAAAGCACUGUAUUCUCCUCGCAAGACGACGAGGAGGAAAAUAGUGCAUUCGAAUCGUUACCAGAUUCAGUGCAGAGCCCAGAGUUGGACCCGGAGUCCGUGAACGGCGCUGGGCCAUGGCAAGAUGAGAUGACUGCCCCCGCUGGGAGUAUGACAAGAUUUGUGGAAGGUCUGGAGUCCCCCAUGGCAGGGCCAAGCCAUCGGAGAGAAGGUGAAUGUCCUAUACUCCAUAAUUCCCAGCCAGUAAGCCAGCUUCCUUCAUUGAGGCCUGAACAUCAUCACUACCCAACAAUCGAUGAGCCUCUUCCACCAAACUGGGAAGCUCGCAUUGACAGUCAUGGGCGGGUCUUCUAUGUGGACCAUGUGAACCGCACCACCACCUGGCAGCGACCUACAGCAGCAGCCACCCCUGAUGGGAUGCGGAGAUCCGGGUCUGUCCAGCAGAUGGAACAACUCAACAGGCGGUAUCAAAAUAUCCAGCGAACCAUUGCAACAGAGAGGCCUGAAGAAGAUUCUGGCAGCCAAAGUUGUGAGCAGAUCCCAACAGGAGGUGGCACUGGAGGUGGUGGGAGUGACUCGGAGGCCGAAUCUUCUCAGUCAAGCUUAGAUAUGAGGAGAGAAGGAUCACUUUCUCCAGUAAACUCACAAAAAAUCACAUUGCUGCUACAGUCCCCAGCGGUCAAGUUCAUCACCAACCCUGAGUUCUUCACUGUUCUUCAUGCCAAUUAUAGUGCCUACCGAGUCUUCACCAGUAGCACCUGCUUAAAGCACAUGAUUCUGAAAGUCCGGAGGGAUGCACGGAAUUUUGAACGCUACCAGCACAACCGGGACUUGGUGAAUUUCAUCAAUAUGUUUGCAGAUACGAGGCUAGAAUUGCCCCGGGGCUGGGAGAUCAAAACAGACCAGCAAGGAAAGUCUUUCUUUGUGGACCACAACAGUCGAGCUACUACUUUCAUUGACCCCAGAAUACCUCUUCAGAAUGGCCGUCUUCCCAGUCAUUUGACACAUCGACAGCACCUCCAGAGGCUCCGAAGCUAUAGCGCUGGAGAGGCUUCAGAAGUCUCUAGAAACAGAGGAGCCUCUUUACUGGCCAGACCAGCACACAGCCUAGUAGCUGCUAUUCGAAGUCAGUAUCAACAAGAAUCGUUGCCACUGGCAUAUAAUGACAAGAUUGUGGCAUUUCUUCGCCAACCAAAUAUUUUUGACAUGCUGCAGGAGCGUCAGCCAAGUGUGGCAAGAAACCAUGCACUCAGGGAGAAAAUUCAUUAUAUUCGGACUGAGGGUAAUCAUGGACUUGAAAAGUUGUCCUGUGAUGCAGAUCUAGUCAUUUUGCUGAGUCUCUUUGAAGAAGAGAUUAUGUCAUAUGUCCCACUGCAAUCUGCCUUCCACCCAGGGUACAGUUUCUCUCCUCGCUGUUCUCCCUGUUCAUCACCUCAGAGUUCUCCAGGUUUACAGAGAGCCAGUGCAAGAGCACCUUCACCCUACCGAAGAGACUUUGAGGCCAAGCUCCGUAAUUUCUAUCGAAAAUUGGAAGCCAAGGGAUUUGGUCAAGGUCCAGGAAAAAUUAAGCUUGUCAUCCGCCGGGACCACUUGUUGGAGGGAACCUUCAAUCAAGUGAUGGCCUAUUCCCGGAAAGAACUCCAGCGAAAUAAACUCUAUAUCACCUUUGUUGGAGAGGAGGGCCUGGACUACAGUGGUCCAUCUCGAGAAUUCUUCUUCCUUUUGUCUCAGGAGCUCUUCAACCCUUACUAUGGACUCUUUGAGUACUCUGCAAAUGAUACUUACACAGUGCAGAUCAGCCCCAUGUCUGCAUUUGUGGAAAAUCAUCUUGAAUGGUUCAGAUUUAGUGGUCGUAUCCUAGGUUUGGCCCUGAUCCAUCAAUACCUUCUAGAUGCUUUCUUUACAAGACCCUUCUACAAGGCACUUCUGAGACUGCCCUGUGAUCUGAGUGACCUAGAAUACUUGGAUGAAGAAUUCCACCAGAGUUUGCAAUGGAUGAAAGACAACAACAUCACAGAUAUCCUAGACCUCACUUUCACUGUUAAUGAAGAGGUUUUUGGACAGGUAACAGAAAGGGAGUUAAAAUCUGGAGGAGCCAACACCCAGGUCACAGAGAAGAAUAAGAAAGAGUACAUCGAGAGGAUGGUGAAAUGGCGGGUAGAACGUGGUGUGGUACAGCAGACUGAGGCUCUGGUGCGGGGUUUCUAUGAGGUUGUGGAUUCUAGACUUGUGUCUGUUUUCGAUGCCAGAGAGCUGGAGUUGGUGAUAGCUGGCACAGCAGAAAUUGACUUAAAUGAUUGGCGGAACAAUACAGAGUACCGGGGAGGUUAUCACGAUGGGCAUCUUGUGAUCCGCUGGUUCUGGGCAGCAGUGGAGCGCUUCAAUAAUGAGCAGAGACUAAGAUUACUCCAGUUUGUCACAGGAACCUCAAGUGUGCCCUAUGAAGGCUUUGCAGCCCUUAGAGGAAGCAAUGGGCUUCGGCGUUUCUGCAUAGAGAAAUGGGGGAAGAUUACAUCUCUCCCCAGGGCACACACAUGCUUCAAUCGAUUGGAUCUUCCACCUUAUCCCUCAUACUCCAUGUUGUAUGAAAAGCUGUUAACAGCAGUAGAAGAAACGAGCACCUUUGGACUUGAAUGAGGAAAUGGAAACUCACCUGAUGUUUUCCUGGCCAGUGACAUCACCCUUUCUGGGAUUAUCCUUCUUCCCCCACCCUUUCCCCAAAUCAACUCUCCUUUGAUUUUGGUAUUCCAUGAUUUUUAUUUUCAAACCAAAUCAGGAUUGACAAAAGCUGUGCAUGAAAAACUGCCUUCCUCUAAGAUAUAACCUUCAGGCUUAUCUCUUCUACUUUCAAUGAAUUGCUAGCCUGUAUGCAAUAUUAAAAAAAAAAAGCUGUCUCAAGGUGUGUAUAUCUCCACAUACCUCCAUUACUAACAAUGAAAUAUGAAUGCAAGUUAUGCUUAUACUUGACCAAAUGGUAAUAAAUGUUUACUUCCAUUUAUAUAAUUUAAGGGAAAUUUUGAGCAUUAAGCAUUCCAAGCUUUUAUAUGCACACAUCUUCUAAGCAAAGGCACCAUUUUUAUAAUUUCUAACAGCCACUUCAGAACUAAGAGCUGAUCGAUUCUUUUUGUCCCACUCUGUUUUUUUCCUUGUGCAUUCUAUAAACACACAAAAAUAAUAGUGACAGAAUAGAAAGUUUUGUUCAUUCACUCAUAUUUCCAUGUAGGGCUAGUCUAGACAUAUGGUGCAAAUAUCACAUUUUCCAAUAAAUUAACAGCAAGAUGCGUAUGUCUGUUGAUGCAAUGCAGAACACUACAAUGACUGUGUGGAUUAUGAUUUUUAACUUGAGUUCAGACAAGUCUAGAAGCAGAAGCACUCCCUACUGCUACAUAAGAAGCACAUAUUUGUGUACAUGCCCAAGGAGUUCUUAUUAUGUAGCAUAAAUGAUAAGAUAUCUAACCCAUUGUAUCGAAAAUAUGAUGAAGCAGAGAAGGACAUGGUAUGUUGGUUUGAAUACCUUAGUUCUGUUACUGUUCUGUUUUUCUUUGCUUUUCAAAGGAACAAAAACAAAUCUCAUAAAAUGUUAACACUUGCUUAGCAAACAAACUUUUAUUUUAACUUUAAAUUAUUUUUAUGCUGUAUUAAUUUUUUAUAUUAAUCAUGGCACUCAAGUUUUUUUUUAUACCUGACUGUCCGCAGGGACCACACUAAAUAUGAAGCUGCAGAGAGUGAUGGUGCUUGUUAGGAAUCAAGGGCAAUAUAAUACUUAACCCAUAGAAAUCAUCCUAGAAUGGAGAUCUAACAUCCCAAAGGUACAUUGACUUGUGUCAAAAUUUCUUUUAGCAAUUAACAUUCUUAGAAAUAAUGUUUGUAGAAAAACAUUUGCAAGCUCCAAAGAUAGCCCGACCUCUUGGCAACAUUUUAAAUAAACCCAAACAUAAUGUUCAUUUGUUAUUUUUCUAAAUUUAGUAUCCUUGUUCUUUUUCUUCAGUGGUAAAAGAAGAGCUGAAGGAAUUGUUAAAAUGCCACAUCUUUGUUUUUGACACUUUGAAGCAAAGGAGAAAUGUGAAACAUUUAAGACAAAGUUAAUUUCAUGAAGUCAUGCCUUGAAAUCAUUAAUUGUGUUACCUGCAAUCCAAAAUAAAGCUUUCUUUUAGUAGAAAUUCUUUAUAAUGACUAAUACCCCUUACUGCUGUGUACCUGUUGUCAAUCAUAGAAUAUCUAUUAA